AUGUCCCUGCAGAAAGUUAUCGUUGUUGGUGGAGGUCCUGUUGGAGCUCUUUCUGCUUUGUACGCAGCAAGACGAGGAUACGAAGUUGAACUGUACGACCUGAGAGAUGAUCCCAACUACGGAGACCCAAAUGCACGACCCGAUAUCGCAGUCAUACCCCUCGCUCUUUCAGAAAGAGGCAUACGGGCCAUCGAGGGCGCUGGCGUGCCUGGUCUCCUUGAUGAGAUAUUGGCGAAUUUGAGACCCAUCUACACCCGGUUGAUCCAUGUGCGGAACAAAAGCGGAAGUCACAAGACCAUUCCAAUGAUAUAUGGCCCUCAAGGACAAUUAAGUUGGGGAGACUUGCUCGAAGAGUACAGUAGUGCCCUGAUGAAAGAGCCUACAGCAAAGCUCUUUUUCAACCAUCGAAUAUCCUCAUGCGACUUUGAGAAGAAAGUCGCUACCUUCGACACCAUGAUCUGGAAGGGGAAUGCUGAGGUGACUAGGAAGGACUUAACACACGUGGCAGAGGAUGAACCGAGAGUUAACAACACCUCGGGCGAGGAGAAAAAGUCUCCAUCAGUAAAAGAAAUCUCUAUUUCGAGCACUAGAACUGUCAACUUCGACUUUCUCAUCGGCGCUGAUGGGACUUACUCAACAGUCCGACAGUUCAUGAUGCGAAAGCUUCACAUGGACUUUUCUCAGCAGUAUCUCGAUGCGCUCUGGUGUGACUUCUUUUUUCCACCGGCAGACGAUGGAAGCUACCGCAUGAACUCGACAGGUCUGCUCGUAUGGCCCGCAGACGAGAGCAUCAUCAUGUGCCAGCCUGACUUUGAUGGCUCUUUCCGGGCAGGAAUGGUAUGCGCGACAGACAAGGUCCGGCACUACGAAGCGCAUCCUGAGGAAUUUGCCGACUUCUUCGACCAGAAAUUUCCGGGAAUCGUCGGACCACUUCUCUCGAAAGAAGACAUCACAAGCCAGUUUGUCAAGAACCUAAAGAUACCACUCAAGUCAGUAAAGACUGGAAAACUUGGUUACAAAGACAACGCCGUGCUGCUGGGCGAUAGCUCGCAUACCAUGACUCCCUUCCAUGCCAUGGGAAUGAUCACUGGCCUUGAGGAUGUUCGCAUCUUCUUUCAGGAUUUCCGAGAUCCUCGUGUCGCUGCUGCUCAGUCUUCAGGAUCGACCGAGCCGUUGCCCUUCUGCGUUCCGGGCACUGUUCAGGCAUACUCUGAAUUUCGACUGCCCGACGUCCACGCAAUGGUAGAUAUGGCAGCGUCUCACUACCAUGAACUGAGAAUUGGCGUUCGGUCUGCUUCGGCGAGAGCCAAGAAGAUCAUUGAGGCGUGGUUGAGCCGCUAG